AUGAAGUUACCAAGUGCUUAUGAGAGCAUUUCGGUGAUUGAUUCUUUUGAUGCUCUUGAUGAAGCUGUGAAAUUCAAGAUGGAAGAGGAAUGUUUGGGAGAAGCUCUUGAUGCGAUUCUUAUUUUUCUUGGAGGUGAUUUCAAUGGUCAUAUCGGGACGACCGCUAGGGGUUACGAUGAUGUGCAUGGAAUCUUCGGGUUUGGUGAUAGAAAUGAGGGAGGUACGUCGCUAUUAGAUUUUGCGAGAGCUUUCAACUUAGUGAUAGCAAACUCUAGUUUCCAGAAGAGGGAAGAGCACUUGGUCACCUUUCAGAGUACAAGGGCCAAGACCCAAAUUGAUUACCUACUCUCCAGGAAGUGUGAUAAAAGUUUAUGCACAGAUUGCAAGGUUAUCCCGAGCGAGAACCUCAUGACCCAGCAUAGGCUCAAUGUUAUAUAUCUGGAGAUAAAGAGGAAGAGGAGAAAGAGAGUUGUGUAUGGUCAACCUAAGAUUAGGUGGGAUACUUUCACCGAGGACAAUGUCCAUGAGUUGGCUGAGCAGUUGAGGCGUUGGGAGCCUGGAGAAGUAGCGGGGAAGCGAGUAGUAUGUGGACCACGCUGGCAGCUAACAUCAGGGAAGCGACAAGAGACGUUUGCAUGA